AUGAAUAAAAGUUCAACUAAUAAUUCUCAAAAACCUAAUAAUUACGCACAAGCUGCAGCGCAGCAACAACCAAAACCAAAUUCUCUAAAUCAUAACCCACUCCAUCAGAAGAACCAGCAUAUUUCAAUGCAUCAGCAAACACAACAAAAUCAACACUCUGCUGUUGCUUUAACUUCCACCAAUUUUAAUUCAUCUGUUAACGGAAAAUCAAUUGCUUCACAACAAAAAUUACAAACGACACAAUUUAAUUCGUCUUUAAGCAAUGGAAAUAACAAUACAAGUUCAACAGUAGUUAAAUCGUCUCAUCCAAAAAAGAAACUAAUGAGUUUACCGAAGAAUAUAAGUAAUUUGAACUUACCUGUAACUCCAAUUCAAUUCGGGUCAAUAAAUAUUCCUACAAAUAUCUCACAGUCCUCCUCUCCCAUUCAAAACAUUCAAUACCCCCCUAUUUUAAGUGGUGGUGCCUUGCCCUCACCAUUACCAAAAAAUGUAAAUACUAUUUUUGGAACGGUGAAAGCACAGGGAUCUUCAGAAGAACUGGUACAACAAAACCCAAUACAACAAAGUUCUGUUAAUGUUGCUACCGCAUCUAGUGGAAAUUCCUCAGAUGCAUCUAAAAAUAUAAAUUCCCGUAUACAAAAUGAAAUACAUAGAACUCAAUCUGCUCCUCCGCAGCUUGCUCAUCAAGAUUUAGGUAAUGGUAGAAUAAAUCAACAAUCAACUCAACAACCUUCCAAUUUAACUACUCGUCCUCAACCAGCUCCUAUAGUGCAACAACAAUCUAUACCUGCCUCACAUCAACAUUCUCUUCCUACUCAUCAUCGUCCCGGACAAAACGUAUCUAGUCAAUUUGCUCCUAGAUCAAGAGAUAAAUCCGGACCACAAGUUCCUAUUACUUCAUCAGCUCAUAUAAAUGUUUCUCAGCCUCCACAAGUUCCUGCUCAACCUCAAAUUCCACAACACUAUCCAAUUUUUUUUCGUCCGAAUUAUGAUAUGCAACCGUACUAUUACACUCCACCGAUAUAUAUGAACCCAAUGAACGCUAUGAACCCAAUGAAUCAAAUGAAUCAAAUGAGCCAAAUGCCUUCUCCUUAUGUUGCUCAACAACGACCUCCCAUGCCGGUUUCUCAACCACAUAUUUCUACUCAAAAUCAAUCUCAAUUUAAUCCUCAAAAACAAAGUAAAGCGAUUCAAAUAAUCAAUCCUAAUGAUAAUCGACCUCUAAAUCUUACUGCACUAAAAACACCAAAGAAAGAUGAAAUCUCUAUACCAAACAUUUCUGAAACAAAAAAAACUGGUGAAAUAGAUAAAGUUAAAAUUCAAGUCAUUCCUGAUGAUAAAAAAGAAUCUAAAGCAGUUAAAAUAGUUGCUCCUGCGGAUAAAUUUAAGGAAGACCUAGUGAAAAAAGAGAAGGAAGAACAUGAACGUAAAGUUAGAGAGGAAACUGAAAGAAUGGAGAGAGAGAAAAAAUUAGAGGAAGAAAGAAAAGUUAAGGAAGAGAAAGAGAGAAAGGAGAGAGAGGAAAAAGAGCGAAAAGAGAGAGAGGAGCAGGAAAGAAUGCAACGCAAAUUGGAAGAAGAACGUAAAGCCAAAGAGGAACAAGAACGAAAAGAAAGAGAGGAAAAAGAGCGAAAAGAAAGGGAGGAGGAACAAGAAAGGGAACGUAUAUUAGAAGAGGAAAGAAAAGCCAAAGAGGAAAAAGAGAGGAAAGAAAGGGAGGAAAGAGAGCAAAGAGAAAAGGAAGAAGCUGAAAGAAUCGAAAGAGAACGCAUAUUAGAAGAACAAAAGAGAGCUAAAGAAGUAGCUGAAAGAGAAGAACAAGAACGUAAAGCAAAGGAAGAGCAUGAAAGAAAAUGUAAGUUGGAAGAAGAAAGAAGAGCUAGAGAGGAAGCUGAAAGAAAAGAAAGAGAGGAAAAAGAGCAAAAAGCAAAAGAAGAUCAAGAAAGAAUAGAGAGAGAGCGUAAAUUGGGAGAAGAACUUAAAGUCAAAGAAGCCGCCGAAAGGAAAGCAAAAGAGGAAAAAGAUAGACAGGAAUCAGAAAGAAAGAAGAAGCUUGAAGAACAAUUCGAGAAAACUAGUAUUAAAAGAGAAGAGAAAAAACAUGAGAAGAAAAAUAAACCGGAUCCUUUAGACCUAUCUCGUACAACAUCUGCUCCAUCUAUACCUAAUCCUCUUGGUAGUGCUCGUAUUAUUGAUGAUUUGAGCUCUGUUACUUACCCAUCACACAUUAAAUCACCAAAUCCUGAAUUGAAUUCAAAUUCUACACCAGGAAAAUUCAAAUACGAACGAGGCUUUUUGAUGCAAUUUAUGGAUGUUUGUAAAGAAAGACCUGAUAACCUACCACCAGUAUUAGACGCUAUUGGAAGAGAUGAACCAAAAGAUAAUAAAAAGAAUAAUAAUCAUCGUGCUAUGACUAAUGCUAUGCGUAGUGGUAUUCAACAUAAAAACAAUUCAAGUCAACCACCAAUGGGAGAAUUUAAACUUCCUGGAAAAAAUAGCGAAGAGCGUUUCAACAUGUCCACUAGCAAUAUUAAUAGAGCAAGCUCAAAUUCCAGCGGAUACAAUAGAUCUGCUUCACUUGGGCCUCGUUCUAGCAGCGGGAGUGCUAUGUUUCCGCCCUCUUUAUCAAAUGCAAGUAGUCAUAACCAAAUGGGUUCAGGACGUAAUUCAAGUGGAGGUGGCGGUAAAAGAAUGGAUAGUAUGAAUAGAAGAAAAGGUAAUCAACAAAAUCUGCAAGGACCAAACACAAAUGUAGAACCUAUACAGCCGCUUGAACAAACUAAGGACAGAUGGGUUCCUCCUACACGUGUCAUAGGAACUACACCUAAAGCCUCCGAAGAUCAAAUACCAAUGGAUGUGGUUCAACGCAAAGUGAAGGCAUUAUUAAAUAAGUUAACAUUGGAGAAAUUCGACAUUAUUUCAGAUCAAAUAAUUGAAUAUGCCAAUAAAUCAAAAUUCGAAAAAGAUGGUCGCAUCCUCAGAGAAAUUAUUCGGCUGAUAUUUGAAAAAUCAUGUGACGAAAUCAACUUUAGUCAAAUGUAUGCCCAACUUUGCAGAAAAAUGAUGGAAAUGAUUGAUCCAGAGAUUACUGAUGAAAAUGUAAAAAACAAUGAUGGAAAAUUGGUUAUGGGUGGAACUUUAUUUAGAAAGUAUCUAUUGAACCGUUGUCAAGAAGAUUUUGAAAAAGGUUGGAAGGUCAAUAUUCCAGUUCCAUCAAAUGAAAAAGGAGAACCAGAUCUUUUAUCGGACGAAUAUUAUUCCGCAGCAAAAGCAAAAAGACGCGGACUUGGUCUUAUACGUUUUAUCGGUGAACUGUUUAAAUUGAGCAUGCUUACUGAACGUAUUAUGCAUGAAUGUAUACGAAAAUUGUUACAAAUCCAGAAUGCCAACGAAAUUCCAGGGGAAGAAGAGAUGGAGAGUUUAUGUAAAUUAUUAACAACUGUUGGUAAACAAUUGGAUCAUGAUCAUGAUAAGGCAAAAAAUUCUAUGGACGUGUACUUUAACCGCAUGGAUGAAAUGUCUAAAAACAAAGCCUUUAGUAGUCGUAUAAGAUUUAUGCUUCAGGAUGUUAUCGAUUUGAGAAAUAACAAAUGGACACCUAGACGUGAUAAUAAUGCACCAAAAACUAUUUCUGAAAUUCAUGAGGAUGCCGCUAAACAAAAAGAGGAAGCAGCAGAAACAUUAAGACGAACUGCAAGCUCUGGUGGCCGAGGUUUGCCUAAAAUAGCAGAACAAAUGUCACGUGGUGGUUCUGGGCGCCGUGAUCUUAAAGGCUCUCAGACUCAUGGCCCUAACAAUUUUCAAUCUAAUAAUGAAGGUUGGAGCACAGUUGGGGCACCAUCACGUAAACCAAUUGAUAUAUCAAAAUUUGGUUCUGUUCGCGGUAAAGUUUCUGGACAGGUUAGCUUGGGGGGUCCUACUAGUCUCAUGCCUUCUGCAAAAGGAUGGAAAGUUGAAAGUAAAGAACGAGAAGAAAAGCCUACAAACAUGACUCGUACUAGUUCAACAGGAAACAUGUAUAAUGUUUUGAACCAAGAGAAUUUAGAAGGAAAGAAAAAUGUUGAAAAUCCAACCGAAACAUCAAAAUCAUCACAGGCUACAGAACGAAGGAGAAUAAUAUUGGCUCCUAGGACAUUACCCAAAGACGAAAUUAGUAAUUCUCCGCCUAAACCGACAAAUAUUACAAGCUCUGUACCACUAGUAGGAGAGACUAACGCAGUAGCUAAAACAUCAGAGUCAUCAAUAUCUAUUGAAAUUGCUCAAAAAAAAAUUCAAAAUAUGGUUGAAGAAUAUUUUUCAGUCUUGGAUAUUAAUGAAGUACUAAUGUGUGUUAAGGAAUUACCUAUAAUGUAUCAUUCAAAAUCAAUUGAAGGGUUUGCAAACACAGUACUUGAGAAAAAACAAGAAGAUGUUCAUAAUGUUAUUAAAGUAUUUAAAAAAUUAGUGUCUGAUAAUAUUGUCAAGAAAUCGGAUUUUAAGGAGGGCUUGAUAGAAACAAUGAACUUUUUAGUAGAUAUUGGAGCAGAUGCACCAUUUGCAUAUGAAUAUACAGGUCAAUUGCUAUGUGGAGCAAAAAUGGACUUUAAAGAUAUCCCAGAUUUAUUUAAACCUUUAAUAGAUUCAAAAGAUUUUAAAGGAACAGAAAAAGUGAUGAAAGGGUAUUUAAAUACAUUAAAGAAAGAGAUGGAUGAACAAUCAAUUUUAAAAAUGGUGAAUGAAUCAAAUUUCGAUUUUAAAUCAGUAUUCAUAAACAAACCUAUUGAUAUAAAUAAAUAUCUCGAUGAUUUUUUAUCUUUUGAUGAUGUUUUUGAAGUAGGAAUUCGGCAAAUUAAAGAUUUGAUACCUUGCUUGGUUCUUUAUUGG